AUGGCAGAAAACUCACCAGACGACGAUUUCUUUGGUAUACAGUGCUUGUCCUCAAGCCUGAACAAGUCCUACGAGAACGCUGAGGCUGUACCAGAAAUCCAAUCUUCUGGAAAAGCAGCAGUGGUUAUGCGUUCUAGAUUUUCUGUGAAGGAAAGUGCAGUGGAGAAGGACGACAGCGAAUUGUCAGGGACAGAAUAUUUGGAUAGGGUCUUUUUUCCGAGCAUCGAUGAUUACGAUUCGGAAUUAACGCAUUCUUCAGAAGAAAACGCCAUUGCUAAAAUUCGGCGUCAGUUUAUACCAGUGUGGAAGAUGAGUCAAGAUGAACUUGUGGAUCUAGUGGUGAACAGGGUUCUUUACAAAAAUGAUGAUAUUGUUGCCUUUGAUAAGCCAUAUGGCCUUGCUUACUCGGGCGCGUCGAAUUCUGUUCCUCAGCUGGACAGACUACUUCAAAAGAUCAAAUUGGCUUUGAAAGAGGAAUUUCAGAACGGACAGGUAGAGCAGGUGACCAGGUGUAUUGUUCGUGACGAACUUCAGGAUUCUCCGUUAAAAAUUACCAUACCUUUAAUCAAAACAGUGAAGAAUAGAGAUUUUAAGAUUCACCUACCGGCUAUUUCGCGAUUGAGUGCUCCAAUUCGGAUAUCUGCUCCAAUGCCACAGCAUUUUGUAUGGAUGCUGAAGAGACUCAACUUACUCAAAGGCUUCGUGAUUAAAGUACGGAUUCCUCGCAUUCCGUUUGAGAAUAUCGAUUAUGGAUGGGAAACUCGUGUGCUGUAUUUAUUCACGAAAUAUUUGGAGUUAGAGCGAUUAAUGUGGAAGAUGUCAACUCUUGGAGGCGCAUGCUCAGCUAUGGCUGAUUAUGAUAUUUCAUUUGCCAGGCGUGCCGGUGAUAUCUCGGAGAAGCAGUUAAGGAUCGCGGCUGAACUGGAUGACCACACUCUACUGGCCCGCUGUUAUCUGUACAUUGCCUUAAGUGAAGCUCAGCAAGCCAAGUUUGGUGAAGCCCGAAGAAUCCUUAGGUGA